AUGCCCCGAAAGACCAUCAUCUUCGUGCGCCAUGGCGAAUCGGAGUACAACAAGGCCAUGCGCGAGACUGGGGAGGAUCCGCUGCUCCGUGACGCGAAACUCACUGAACGUGGUCGAGCGCAGGCAGCCGCUGCACGGCCGCAGUUGCAAGAGCUCUUCGAGGAAAUCGGAUCCUCGGCUGGUUGGCUGCUUCUGAGUUCACCACUUCGCCGCGCUCUCGAUACAGCUGCAGGGAUUUGGCCGGAAGCAUUCCAAGCCGCAGAGGGCACCCGUUUCGAGAUUUGGCCCGAGCUUCGCGAAGUUGUGACGGGCUGCGAUGAUCUGGGCUCCACGCCGAAGCAGCUCCAAUUCGCCUUCCCCCACCUGCACGCCCAUCUUGGCUCCUUGCCCGAGGUGUGGUGGACGAUCCCGCCUGCUUACCAGGAUGUGCCUCUGGAAGGAGAUGACUUGCGGAAUGCGUACCAGAAGGACCCUGAUGCAUUUGAGGCUGCGGACGAAGCUAUCUUUGCUGGCCGUGUGGCGCAGCUACUUGAAAAGCUAGCCUCCGUGAAGGAAGAUCGGAUCGUCGUGGUAGCGCACUGUGAUUUGAUCGGGGAGCUGACGGAGCAAAUGGGUUUGACAGAGAAGAAGAAGUCGGGAAAGCUGCGAAAAGGAUGGUGGCUCAGCGCCUUGGCUACGGGCAUUGGUGCGCCUGAGCCCAAGCUCAAAGCUGCAACCAGCCUGGCAGAGCCUCGGAGGACGGCUACCAACAGGCCUGGCCCAGAGGUGCCUCAAAAGGCUACGCCGGCUACGCGGAAGAAGGAAGUAUCUGAGAGGUCCGCGGAUGAGGCUGCUAUGCAUGCAGCAGCAGAGGCAGCGGCCGAGCGAGCUUUGGAACAUGAUCGCAGCGCGCACGGCAAAGACUGGUGGAAGAAGCUCCAGGCUCCCAAAGAAGCGAGACCUGUGCAGCGAGUCGACCGCUUGUCCAUGUACCCGCAGCAGAAACUCCUGGAGAGCGGCUCGUCUCAAUUGCCUGUCAGAAGCUUCAAGGUUCUGGCAGAGGUGCAACCUGUUCGAGCCCAGUGCAGACCUCAGCCAAGUAUAGCCGACGCUGCCCUUCACGAUAUCACCACCAUUUCCUAA